AUGCAAGGUGCCUUCCAUGCCGGUCGCCAUUUCUGCUCCCUUCUAGAUAUGUUUCUCUUCUGCAUAUUAAACAACCCACCAGCCUGCCAUCAGUGGUCUAGACAGGUCCUGAAAACGACAGAAAAAGCAGAAUCAUGCGGCAUUUUGACCUCAAUCAUGGAUAGAAUUAUCACCUCGGGAGCAUAUAUCGAAUUUUAUAGUGGAUCAUCGGGACCUCGAGGUUUUGCCGUUAAUUUGGUCUACCAGCUCUAUAAAACAGCCACUUCACAGUUACUGGAGCAACCACAAUUGGAAGGAACUUUAUUACCCCAUCCGGUUGAUGCACACGGUUUCCUCCGCAGGCUCCUUCAGAGCGGACUUUGCCUUCCCGUAAAUUUUUUCAAAUUAUGUAACGUUCAAGAGCUUCGAACAAACGAGACAACAGAACCUUUUUCAAGGUUCCUCCUGGCGUUGGCUCAAUGGCGCAUAGAAGCUGAUCCGCAGCAAAAAGUUCCCCUGCCGUACAGAGCUCAUCUUGCCCUCUUAUUAAAUAUCAUCUUUGCUGGUGCUGAGAAGUUACCUGAUCUACCUUCACGGUGCGGACUCGGCGACCCGGUUGGGAAUCUUGCAACUAAAUACUACCGGUCAUUUGAGGCGCUGAUUAAACGAGGACAUUCCCGUCUCUUUUCACAAGCACGUUGUCUAGUUCGCAGGAUACUCCCAAAGAGGUUCUUCCGGGAGAUUGUGCGCGAUAAGCUUGACAGUGCAAAUUCCUUCCUGAACACAUUACAAGAGCGAAGCUUGCAAAUGAGUGAGGAUGAGUUUGCGUCUUACCAAAAGUGUCUGCAGUUAAUCAAUCAACUACCGGACAUAUUGCGUAGACGCCUGAUGUUUAUGGAAGUAAAUGAUUUAUCGUUUGAAAUCGAAUUUAUACUAAGCCGUUAA